AUGACAAAUAAUUCAUUACCAAACCGACCAAAACAAUUCAAACAGCUGGAUAAUGAAUUUGAUAUUGCUUUGUGGCUAGCGCACUAUAAAAGGAUAUUAGAUUUGGCAACUAAUAUUAGAAACAGGAUGAUGACAAGAAUAGAUAAAGUGUCUGAUGCAACUUCAAUAUCUACUCUAUCACACAAACCUGUAUCAAAACUUCUGAAAAUUGACCAAAAAGAGUGCAAAGCACUCUUUCUUAGAACUAGGAAUAACAGUAAUCUUUUAUAUGAAGAAUUAAUUGUGCGAGUUUGCAAGAUUGCAAAAUCUGAUCACAGGUUAGGAUCUUUAAUCAAGGAUGUUGGUAGAUGGUACAAUACAUAUCAUUAUAAGUUUCACGUAGCCGCAGUAAGGUUAGCAAAUGAAUUUAGAUCAACAAAUAAAAGUGCAAAAGAACCAUAUGACGAGUUAGAUGGAUUUGUUUUUAACAAAGUGUGGAAACAGUUACUGCAAAUGCAUCUGAAGGCAACUGAUCUAGCAAAGUUGAAAAAAGAUUCUGAAACUUUUAAAAAACUUGGUGUUUUUGUAUACCAGGUUAUUAAAACCAUUCUCAUUGCACAAGACAAUAACAAGGAUCCACAAAAUGCUAUUCGAAAAUGCGAUGAAUACACUAUAAAUCUGAAAAUACUAACUAGACUCGAAAUAGUAAAGUCAUUAGCCAUGCGAGAACUUCUAGAUUAUUAA